AUUGUUGUUUUUGUUUUCAAGCCGUGCGGUUGGUAUACGUUCUUGCUGCUGAAUAUUUUUAAAACUGUUUUUUAAUAAAAUUCACCGUCGGUUCGACGCGCCACAAAAUCAUAUAGUUAUAGAUUUCGAUUCCAUAUGCAUUAAUUGCAUUGUUUUUUUUUUAAGUGGAAACUGAAAAGAAAAGUGCGUGUGAAAAAAUAUAAAAAAUUUGGAAAGCCGUAGAAGGCAACUAGAAGAAGAAGCCGAAGUAGCAGCGACGCCAGCGUUGUUGUGCAAGUGUAUUGGUGUUGAAGGCGCACACACACACAAACAACGGGUAUAUAUAUAAAUACAUAUAUAUAUAUAAGAGAUAAAUAAGUACAUGUGAUGCAUAGCAUAUACUUAAGUAAAUAAGAAGAGAAAAAAAAUAGCAAAGUGAAAUUUCUUAAUCAACAAAACAAACUUUUUGUGCACCUCAUAUGUGAAUUGGAGAAAGAGGCAAAAGAGAAAGAGAGCGAGCGAAAAGUGUGUGUGUGUGUGGUGUGUGCGUGUGUGUGUGUGUGUUUGUGCAAAAGAGAGUGGGAAAUUAGUAUUAAUUCCAACAAUAACGCAGACCAAGCAGCAGCAGCAGCACCCACAACAACAACUAAGCGAUUAACGGAUUUUCUACCUUUUUUUUGGUUACUUUUUCUCCGCGCGGUUAACCAAGAUACGAAAUCACGACGACGCGACGAGCGAAAAUGGCCAAAAUGGAGGUCGACGAUGUGGUCGACUUGAGUUUGGGUUCUGGCCGUGAUCCGGCGUUAACCAUAACACCGGCUCCACCACCAACAACUACAACAACGUCGACGGCGGGGGCAACAACAGGAGGAUCCGCUACUGCAGCAGCAGCGGCGGCGGCGUCUGUGACGACGACGGCCGCGACAACGUCUUCAACCACAAGUGCAACGUUAAGUAAUCGAGAUUUACGUGCAUUGACAGCUAACAAUGCAGGAUUGACCAUAACGCCUGCACCACCAGCAGCAGUCAACAGCUCAGUGUCCUCUUCCACCUCCAGCUCUUCAACCGCAAGCACCACGGGCAAUGGUAGCUCCACUACCAACACCAACACCACCACCACCACAACUACAAGUAGUAGUAACAAUAACACCAACACAAAUAGCAAUAUUCAUAAUGUCCCUGCGUCAGCGGCAGAUGGCCCAAAUGCUUCUGCCACCGCAGCAGCUCCAGUUAGCGCACCCGAUGAGAAUAAAGUCCAGCGUCGUGUUCUACGGCCACGCACUGAACCCAAAUCCUAUGCAGAGGCUCCAGAUAUUGUUCUAUUACCGGCCCGAACGAACGGACGUCAACAAAAUGGCAAUAUUGAUUCAGAAACAGAUGAUGAAGAGAUGCCGCCCUAUGUACCCAUCAAAGAGUUGUCCCAUGCAGAGCUCAAAGAGCGUGAGAAAAGUUUACGGAAAUUGCGUCAGGAUUUGCGUAACGAGGAAACGAAAUUGAUGCUACUCAAAAAGCUUAAACAGUCACAGCAGGUGAUGAAGGAGAAUCUAGUGGUCACCCCGACCAGUGUGUCGCCAAAUAAUCCAUUGGCUGCCAUCCCCGCUGCCCUCACAUCAAAGGGAUCAUUGAGUGUGACCCCAACAUCGGCAUUGCCGCUGCCAGCCCAUAGUAAAGGGCGUAACAGUUUGGGUAGCAGUGCAGCAGCCGUUAGCAUUAGUGCCACAAAUAGCCGGACUGGCAGUUCUAGUUCAGCAUCGGCGGCCACUGCCUCGGCAAUUGCUGCAGCAGCAGCUGCUCUAAGCGGCACAGGUGUUGGCGUUGGCAUUGGCAUUGGAUCUAAUCAGCGCAAUAGCAUUAAUAGCAAUUCGAUACUCCCGCCACCAAGAUCCUCGCUGCCAGCGGGGGCAACACUAGCCGCCGGUACCACAAUAACGCCCGCCACAUCAUCGUCGCAUCGAUCGAGCGCGUUGCCGCCACGCACCAAUCUGCCGAAUCUCACCAUAACGCCGUCGGUGACCAUAACACCAACAUCGGCGCCGCCUUCCAGUCUGAAAGCACGCAAUGUACCUGGGACCAUAAGCAAUUCUGUUUCCAUAACACCGGCUCCGCCCAUGAAUCAAACGCAUCAAAAUCAUCAGCUCAACGAAUUGAAGAACGAUCGUUCAACACCACGCGAUGAUGCCCAGACACCGGCUCAACGUCAGGCAGCUGCCAAAAUGGCUUUGCGCAAGCAACUGGAAAAGACUUUGCUACAGAUUCCUCCACCAAAACCACCGCCACCAGAGAUGCACUUUAUACCCAAUCCCAGUAAUACUGAUUUUGUGUAUCUAUUGGGUCUGGAGACUGUUGUGGAUUAUCUGACUGUCAACAAGAAGGCAAAUGCUGUGGCCGCUCCAUUCCGAUGUGCCCAGUGCAAAAUUGAUUUUACACCCGUCUGGAAAUGGGAGAAGCAGACCAACAAGGAUCCCAAGGUCAUUUGUGAGCAAUGUGUCACCUCGAAUGUGAAAAAGGCUUUGAAGGCGGAACAUACUAAUCGACUGAAGCAGGCAUUUGUCAAGGCUUUGCAGCAAGAGCAGGAGAUUGAGCAGCGUUUGUCCAGCCAGAGUACACCAUCGCCAGUGGAAACGCACAGUUCGUCCAACAAUUCGGUAACGGUGUCUGCUACAAGCAUCUCGAAUGCCGCCUCAUCCUCGUCGUCGUCUUCACAUCUGCAACGCGAACGUGAACAAUUGCAGGCGACGCAUGCUUCAGCAGCGGCUGCUUUGGUCAAUCUACCGCCCUCUGUCACUGUCAUACCGACCAAAUGUCAGACGCCAACGCCAGCUCCACGUCCCACACCGCCGCCACCACAAAGUCAGCCAACACCGCCGCCGUCCAGUGCGUCGUCGCGUUCAUCGCGAGCCGCUGCUACAGCCGCAGCUGCAGCCAUUGCUGCCCAACAAGCUGGCAUACUCAGUCCAGGACCAACCGCAGCGCAUCAUCAUGAGCCAGCGACACCCACAUCAUCGCGUUCAUCGCGCAAUGACCGUCACGACCAGCACCAACAGCACCAGCAGCAGCAGCAACAACAGCAGCAGCAGCAACAACAACAACAACGUGACCAACAACAGCAGGCUCAAAACUAUUCGGCAGCCACGCUGGCAGCGGCAGCUCAUCUCAGUGCAUUGGGUGGCAUGGGUGGCCUAAAUAUCAACAGUUUAGCCAGUCUGGGUAAUCUCAGUCAACUGGGCAAUUUGGCGGCACUCGGUGGAUUGGGUAACUUUGGUGCCUCCUCAUCGGCAGCCAAUAGUUCGGCAGCAGCAGCUCUAGGGAACACGUCACCAGCAGCCACAGCGGCUGCCAUGCAAGCGUUCCAACAGCAGCUAUUUAGAGUUCUUGGACAGGGUCUGGGUGCCAGUCCGCAGCAUAUGAUGCAAUUUGCACCUCUAUUGUAUUCCUAUCAGGUGGCCAUGGCACAGGCGGCACAAGUGGCAGCAUUCAAUAAUAACAACAAAAAGAGCAGCUCUUCGUCCGGAUCAUCGAAGAACUCGACCAAUGCCACCAAUUUGGCAGAUAUACAACGGGCUGCUGAGCUGCAACGUCAAUAUCUGCUAGAAAUGAUACCGCCACAACAGCCAAGUGGAUCGGGUGGAAGUCGCCAGAACAAUUGGAAGGCCUAAGGUUUAAUUAAAUCCUGGCGGCCAAACUAAAAA